AUGCUGUCGCCAUCAACAUCUCCAAAGGCAUCCCUCAAGCCCGGCCAGAUCCUCCUGGCACACGGCCUCGAGGCCCUCCCACAAACAGCAACAGUCCUUCCAAUCAACGAAGCUACCCAACACCCCAACCUCCCCUCUGGACCCGUGGUCAUUCUCGGCACCCCAUGUCCCAGUAUCGAGUCCAUCACCUCGCUCGCCCUCCAAAACCCACAGUCACAGAUUGGCCUCUUGGUACCCCUCCCACCGGGGCCGGACGGCGACAAGACACUCCGCGCCGCUGCAUCCGGCUUCUUCUCCCCUUCGUCAGUCGCUUUGCUUCAAGACAGCGCUGCAGUCUACCUGGGGGAUAGGCUCUACCUCGCUGCAGCGUUCCAUGUCCUCGAGCAGGCCAUGUGGGGCACCAACAUGAUGAUUGCGCGCGAAGCGUUCGCCCUGGCACAUAAGAACGGCGUCGACCUCAACUUGCUAUACAAUGCCUUGGGGAACGGAGCAGCGGGCUCACACGCGUUCCGCCAGCUGUGGAGUAUCCUUAUUGCGGGCAAAGUGGACGAGGCAAACCGUGUCACGCAGGUAGCACACACGGCCCUGGCUGAGGGCUUGGCCCUUGCAUCCAAGGAAGUCUUCUACGCGCCUCUCAUGGGACUGUCAAAGCAGGCAGCUGUCCGCAGGCUGGCCAUCCGUGAUGUCGCCGUCGACCGUAGGAACAGUGUCAGCGCCAAAGCUGCCAUCCAGCCAGAGAAUCCCAUCAAGGUCGGAUUUGUGGGUCUCGGCGCCAUGGGCUGCCCAAUGGCCCUCGUUCUGCACAAGGCAGGUCUCAACGUGGACGGCUACGACGUCUGGGAGCCCGCUCGCGACGCAUAUACCCAAGUGGGCGGUCUCGCCGUCGACGACGUCCUGUCUGCUGCCCAUGGUGCGGAUGUCUUCCUCCUGAUUGUCGUCAACGCCGCCCAAGUCGAGGACAUUUUGUUUCACCAAGGUGCCCUCGCCGCACUGGCCGACGACGCCGUCGUACUCGUCAUGUCCACCGUCCCGGCAUCCGAGGCCCGCAAGCUCAAGACAAAGAUCAGCGGCGUGCGCCCUGAUGUCGGGCUGGUAGACUGUCCGGUCUCUGGUGCGGUCCCGCGCGCAGCCACCGGCGACCUCAUGGUCUUUUGCGGUGGUCUGGAGGACAUCAAGGACCCCGUGGCGCAGGCUAAGGCCUACCGUGUCCUGUACCUCUUGUCCUCGUCACAAGGCCACGAAGAGUAUCUUGUCCGAGUCCCUGGUGGGGUUGGACGCGGGUCAAGCGUCAAGCUGUCGAACCAGCAUCUGGGUGGCACACAGAUAUCCAACUGUGCCGAGAUCCAGGCGUUUGCGGCCAAAAUCGGUUUACCAGGUCGCAAGGCGCACAAGCUGCUCAUGUCUGGUCCCGGAUGGUGCUGGGUAUUGGGUCAUCGAGGACUGUCUAUGCUCAACGGGCUCAUCACACCACCCAUGUCGGCCAUAGACAUCUUUGUGAAAGACAUGGGGAUUGUAGUGUCCGAGGCGGAGGCGCUCGACGUGCCCAUUCCAUUGGCAGCACUGGUCCAGCAGCAGUUUGUGUUUGCAAAGUCGCUGGGGUGGGGUUCGGACGAUGACUCGGGGUGA